AUGCUCCAGGCCUCUUAUAAGCCGUUGCUGAAGCAGAUUGUGGAAGAAAUAUUUAACCCUGAGAAGCCAGAUCCCAUUGAUAUUGAACACAUGUCUUCAGGCCUCACUGAUCUCCUUAAAACUGGAAUUAGCAUGUUCAUGAAGGUGAGCCGGCCCCAUCCCAGCGACCACCCUCUCCUGAUCCUCUUCAUGGUGGGUGGGAUCACCGUGUCUGAAGCUAAAAUGGUCAAAGACCUUGUGCCUUCCCUGAAGCCAGGAACCCAGGUCAUCGUGCUGUCCACCCGGCUCCUGACACCACGCAACAUUCCUGAGCUGCUGUUUGCAACGGACCGGCUGCACCCGGACCUCGGCUUCUGAUCACCUGCAAACUGGAGCCCUGGCCACAGGCAACACAAUACUGUCCUCUGGCACCAUGCAAAACAAUGCCCCUAACAGAAAGCGGCUCAGUGACCAAGUGCCAGUGUGAUUGAGUUCCACCUGAGGGGGCUCCAUCACCAGGCCAGAGGGACUUGGAUUGCUGCAGUUCUUCACAACAAACAUUUUUCGUCUCCUUCUCACCUCCCACCUCCCCCUUGAUUUGUCUGUGGUGUCAGCCGGCCUGCAGCUCACAGGUUCCCACUCCUCCUUAACCCCCUGCAGGUAAUCUUCCCCAUUUCCACCGGCCAGCUGAUUAAGUCUAAAUAAACUCCUGCUGGUGGUUGGGGCUGGUAGAUUGCAAAGCUUGUGAUUUGAAGUUGCUCGAGGAGACACAAGACAUGUGUUAGGACAAUACAUGUGAGGACAUUUUGAUUUUUCUUAAUCUUACAGAGCUGAGGAGGGAAACUUUGUUUCUCUCCAUCUGAAACAUUUCUGAAAAGGGAGGGCAGUGGCCAGGGCCACACUGCUAGUCAAAUGCCUGGUAAACGUCGCACUGUAAACCAUCCCCUGGUUACAAAGGGCUGCAUUGUUCCUGAUUGGUGUGUGUGUGCCCAAGAGCCCUCCAGACUGUUAGAUAUGGGACAAGAGAGAGGUAGGCUGGGAGCUGUCCAAGGAAGGUCCUCAGAAGAGAUUCGGUCACAGGGAGUCUAGUAGA